CAUUGUUGAAUGAAACAAGAAAAAAGCAGAGAUGAAUUGCAUUAAUGGUUUCGAUUUCGUUGGAGAGCUACCACGAGAAAUCACUAUAGAUAUACUCUCCCGACUUCCCAUUCUAACCUUUACCCGGUCCAAGCUCGUCUCCAAGGCAUGGCACGAUGUCGUCGAGUCUCACGGGUGUGUUGAUGCCCAUCUUUCCAAACACGAACACGAGUGCGACACUUUCUUCGUACGGACUAGCUUUGGAGGUUCAAAAGCAUACAAAUUGUCGGAGGAAUACGGAAGCAGCACCACUAUAUGCCGCUCGGGCGCGUUGGCCGAGUGUAAGCCCCUCCUCCCGUAUAGCUCGCCGGUCAAGGGUUUAAUGUUGCUUUUGUGCCCUCGUUCGGAAGUCCUUUUCGUAUGCAAUCCGGUCACUCGUGAGUUCGUGAGAAUUUUCUGCCCUGAUCCGUUCGCUUCGUGUGUGGACCUCCACCCCAAUUAUCUGGAUGGCAGUGUUAGUUACGGAUUCGGGGUGAGCAAAAAAAGCAAGCAGUAUAAACUAGUUUACAUCUCUGGGUGUUGCGAAUAUCAUGUAUACACUCUAGGAACAGGACAGUGGAGGGUGGGCCCGAGCCCACCCAUAGGCAACGGUAGAGUCCAGGGUAGAAGAAAUUGGGCAUCCGUGGACGGAAAGCUUUACUGGGUACAAGAUAUGGUGAAUAUUUGUUGUUUCGAUCUUGAAACUGAGGUUUUUACCAGUUUCCCGGGCCCGCCUAGUCCCAGUCCUCUUCGAAUAGGUUGUUUCUUGAGGAGAGUGUGUGUUUUGGAGGAGUGCUUGUGUGUGUGUGAUGCUGCAAAAUCCUCAAGACAUAAUGUGGAUAUGCUAAUAUGGAUAAUGAAGGGAGAAGGGGAUUGGAGCCUUGUAUGUAGGAUACCUAAGGAUAAGCAUAUAUAUAAGUCUCUCCCAAUCAAAGUUUUGGGUAAGGGUAACAUAAUCUUGAUGGCAUCUAGAGAAGGAUUUGGUAAACGAUAUUACUACGACACCAACAACACUUCAACUACUCAAAUCGGCUAUGGCGCUCUCGCCUCCCUCUACCAACAAUAUACCUAUGCAUGCCCUUUCAAUCCAACUUUUGUUUCACUCAAAACCUUGUUCCAACACCAAGACAAAGAUAUCAUUCACUCCUUUUAA